AUGGAAGACCCUCAAUAUCUAAACAGCCAUCCUCCAACCUAUCAACACCAACGCGCUUCCGUCCCUACUCCGCCGUCGCAUCAGUCCGACAACGAUCACACCACCGCAGAGUUACGCGCUCUCGAUUGCAACCUCGCUUCCCUCUGCGAACAUGUCCAAAUUGAAGGCUUCAAUUCCGGCUCGUUCUCCGAUAUCGUCGUUAAUGCUAUGGGCUCCGCUUAUCACCUCCAUCGCCUCAUCCUCUCUCGUAGUUCAUAUUUCAGGAACAUGCUUCAUGGUCCAUGGAAAGAAGCCAGUGCUCCUGUAGUGACUCUACACAUUGAUGAUAAGAAUGUUAAUGAAGAGGCUAUUUCAAUUGCUUUGGCGUAUCUUUAUGGGAACCACCCUAAACUUAAUGACGAUAAUGCCUUUCGUGUCCUUGCUGCCGCUUCCUUUCUUGACCUUCAGGAUUUAUGUGCUAUAUGUACAGAUUUCAUUAUAUCUGAGCUGUGGACUUCCAACUUCUUGGCUUAUCAGGUGUUUGCUGAGAACCAAGAUUACGGCAUUCAUGGGGAGCGUGUUAGAACUGCUUGUUGGGGAUACCUUUGUCAAAGUGGAGGCAUAGAAUUGAGAGAGGUUCUUCCUAAACUUUCAUCUAAUACAUUACAUGCAUUACUGACCUCUAAUGACCUGUGGGUACCCUGUGAAGAGAAGCGGUUUGAAUUGGCUUUGCACACAUUCCUCGCAAAAAGUGCUCACUACAAGGUUGAACAUCCUGCACAUGGAAUUCCUGGUUCUGAGUCGGCAACUGGCAUUCAUUCUGAUAAAACCAAGGGAAAAGGUAUAGCUGAUAGCUGUACUAACAAGAGGUUGGAAACUGACUUGGGUAAAAUGAGUCUUAAAAGUGAUCCAAAGGACCCUAGCGUACCUAAUCUUUUCGCCGAGCUUGCAGACUCAGUAGUAGACUUCAACAAUGACAUUUCUGAUUCCAAUCAACGAGUUCAACUUGGUUCAUAUGUCAGUUCACCAAACAUGAAUCCUAGAUAUUCUUGUGACAUGGAAGGGCCUUCAUUGGGUGACACUGAUGGGGCGGGACCUCUUGGUGUCGGAGUAACUAAUGGAGUGGAUAUUGAAGGGCCGUCUGAGGAAGGACCUUGCUACCUUUCGGAUAACAGCAAUAGGUUGGCAAGGGAUCAAUCAAGACAUUGUUUUUCAACGAGUUCUUGUAAUGGGUUCACGUCCAGUGAGUGGGGAAGGUAUGGAGCACCUUUGUUCUCAUGGGGUGCCCAUGUUGGCAGAAGACAAGUCAAAGCUCAUUCCAGAGGAAACUAUGGAGAUGAAGACAAUGUAUUUCUUAAUAUAUUUGAAGGGGGCUCACUUUUAUAUUGCAGUAUGUCUUUUGAUGCACUUUUAAAUGUCAGAAAGCAGCUUGAAGAGAUAGGAUUCCCUUGCAAAGCUGUAAAUGAUGGUCUGUGGCUGCAGAUGCUUCUUAGUCAGAGAGUACAAGAGAUUGCUGCCGAUACAUGCAGAGUUUGUUCCCUUAUGACUAUGUCUUGUACUUGCCACAAGCAGUUUGCAUUUGUACAUGGAUCUACUACCACUGGAUCUUACAUGCAAGAACAUAAUCAUAACAAUAUGCCUGGGGGUGGAGGAAAUAUAUAUGUCGCUGAAUCUUCUACAGGCGAAAGAAAUGGCUCCUUUAGACCCGUACGAGUACAUGUUAGAGGUGCUAAUGACGGGCUUGCAGGUAUUGGCCGUGGGACUACAUUUGUUCCUGCGGCAGCUUCACCUCCAACACGAUUUGUCUUUUCUCGUGUACCAUUUGGCAUUGGCAACAGAAACUACCCUCAGUCUGCUGCCAAUGACGAUUCAGACACACGUGCUGAUCACAACGGAGACCUGUCUGGAGAUGGAUUGACAGCUUUAGUUGGGCUAAGCCAGGGAGGGAAUUAUGGAACGAAUGUACAUACAGAGCUAAUACAAAGAGGGCAUGAAAUUGGCUUGCAAAGUACUGCUGGAGGUGCAAGUAGUGGUGGCAUUCCAGUACAAAUGUUAGAGACGCCAGAACAUGCCGUUGGUAUAGAAUGGGAGAAUGACAACAGUUCUUCUAUAUCAUUGGAUUUGAAAACACCUUUAAGCCAUUUCCCCCCUUUUCGCUUUGGUGUAAGUUUUGAGGAAGUGCACAGACUUAGUGAUGGCCAGGUCAAGCAUUCACCAGAAAUUUUCUAUGCUGGUUCUUUAUGGAAGGUUAGUAUUCAGGCUUUUAAUGAUGAAGAUCCCCAAGGACGCCGCACCCUAGGGUUGUUUCUUCACCGUCGGAAGGCUGAGAUAACUGAUUUAUACAGGAAGGCACAUAUGUAUGUUGACUCACGUGAAAAGGUGACCGCCCGGUAUCAGUUGACUUGCCCAUCCAAGAGGGAAAUGUUGGUUUUUGGAAGCUUUAAACAAACAGGCACUCUUCUACCCAAAGCCCCGAAAGGAUGGGGUUGGCGAACUGCUUUGCUAUUUGAUGAGCUUGCUGAUCUUCUCCAAAAUGGGGCCCUAAGGGUUAUUGCUGUAGUUCAGCUUGUUUGA